AUGAGUAUAUGCUACUGUGCAUAUCAACGACACGGAAAAAGAUUAGAUAUGUCUGUUACUCGAUAUAAUUUUUAUGCAUCAUUUUUUAACUGCUAAGUGUUCCCUUCUGUCGAAAUGACAUCACCGGAAUGUUUGCUCUGUUACGCUGUAUUACUAGCUGUAUUUAUUCUAAUUUUGCUCUGUGUGAACAUAUUCUUAACGAGCGAACGAUAUCCUAAAAUCUGGAGAGAUGAGAAUGAAAAAUUCUUCUUUAAUGCUCAAACAAAAACGAAAGAGGCAUUUCCUUCAUUGCACGAUGCCUGGAGCAUACACCUCAGUGUCAUUGUGCCUGCUUAUAACGAGGAGCACAGAUUACCGCCAAUGUUGGACGAAUGUCUCGAGUAUUUAGAAAACCGUGCAAAAUCUGGACUUACUUAUGAGGUGAUAGUAGUCAGUGAUGGAAGCACAGAUAAAACUACAGAUAUUGCACAGCAUUAUGCAUCAAAAUAUAAUACUUUGAGGAUAUUAAAUCUCGUCAAGAACAGAGGAAAAGGGGGUGCUGUGAGACUGGGCAUGCUGAGCGCAAGAGGCAGUGCUUUGCUAUUUGCAGAUGCAGACGGCGCCACUAAGUUUAAAGACUUAGAAAAAUUAGAUGAGAGUCUGACAGAUGUUUCAGGAUUCGAUUAUACGAAAAACCCAGAAGAAAUAGCAUCAUCCGAUGCGGUAAUAUGUGGAUCGAGAGCGCAUUUAGAGAAAGAAGAGACUGCAAAACGAUCGUACUUUCGACUGCUCCUUAUGCAUGGAUUUCACUUUUUAGUCUGGCUUUUAUGUGUAAGAGGAGUUAGGGAUACGCAGUGUGGAUUUAAGCUUCUAACGAGAAAAUCGGCUAGAACGAUAUUCGGAGCAUUACACGUUGAACGUUGGGCUUUUGACGUGGAAAUGCUUUAUAUCGCGCAAAGUAUCAAUAUUCCUAUAACCGAAAUAGCAGUAAACUGGACGGAAAUCGAUGGCUCCAAGAUAAUACCGUUCUGGAGCUGGCUGCAGAUGGGCAAAGAUUUAUUUUUCAUCUGGCUUAGAUACAGAAUUGGGGCUUGGAAGAUAAAUAGGACCAAAACAGCUUAGAAUCAACGCAUAAAAAGUCGGCCAAGAAGCGAUCAACCAGAUCAAUCUUCUCUUUUUUUUGUAAAGAUAUUUUUACAAUAAACUAUUAUUAUUAGUUAUAGAAUUA